AAAGCGUACGCGCGAAAUAAAAACAUGCAAAACAACUAUUUGCUACUAUGCUCUAUGCUCCGUUGAUGCCGAUGUCGGUAUCCUCUGGUUUCGCUUGAAUGCCACUAUGCCUGGCGUUACCUGCAGUGGUUGCGGAUUUCCGCUGGUGAAGAUGCAGGUGAAGUGAGGUGACGCCUUCAACGGACCCGUCUACCUUUGAAGCAGCACGCACCGGAAUCCCAGCAAAGCGCAACCCUGAUCUCUACGGCGGCAAAAAGAGUCCGGAAAAAUGGAUGGGCUGGGGGGCUCAUCCCAGCGGUACCGGGCCCAGGACCGGGAAAUAGAGCAGCGGUAUGCAAACCUGCUUACUCCGAUCCGAGACCUGACCAAGAACUUCGAGGUCGACAUCGCUGCAUACCUGGACCAGUACCUGGGGGAGCUGUCACAAACUCCGAUCACCUACCAGGAAGGCGAAUCCAGCGUCAAUUUCACCCAAGCAGCCUUUCUGAUUCAAGGAAGUGCCUUUGUCUAUGGCAAAAAGGUGGAAUAUCUCCACUCCCUUGUACAAAAGAUGGCAGGAGAAAUAGUUCAUAACAGCCUGAAAGGUCGUGACACGCAGGAGAAUGCCAAAGAAGGUGGUUCAGCAGCCCGGCGGAAAAAAGAUGACACGCAGUUCAUGAUGCAUGAGGACAUGGAGGUCGCAGACAGCUUAGACGACCUGCCGACCCCGCGGCAAGCAGCACGCAACCAGGCUGCUGCACAGCGAAACCAGUUCCGGAGGCAGCGCCGGAGACCUCUGGCCAUGGUCGUCUUUGACACGGAAAAGGAGACCAAGCUCUACGAUCUCAAGGACGAUGUGGUUGGUUUCCGUGUCGACUAUCGGCUGUACAGUGGCGUGGUCGAAAUGGCCGAGAGCCAGGAUCAGCAGGAGUGUCCUCGGGAAGCGGAUACCGCCACGUCCCUUUCCAUGUCACCUGCGCACUCCUCUCUGGACAUGGCCGAUGAUUGUGGGCCAGUUUCCACCGAUAUUUUUUGCCCAGCAUCGCCACUGUUGAUGCCAGAGGAGCCUGAAAUGGUCCCCUUUUGUGGGGACAUAGGGGCCUUCGAGGAGUGUCCAGCGAAGCCAGAUGUGGAGGAGGCCCCCACGGUGCCCGUACCUCCGGUCCGGCAAUCUAGCCUCGCCAAGCGCAUCAAGGAGGAGCGCAUCAAGAAUGAGCAGCAGCAGCAACAUCAGCAGCUGCCUAUACACCCCUUCAUAGUGGUGAAGAGGCUGCAUGACCCUAUGGAGGAAGUGGCGGGCAAGGAUAAGCCCCUGGUGCUUCGCCGGAAGACGCGCAAGCGGCCCUUCGACGAGUCCAACUCCUCGGACGGUGAGAGUGUUUCAACUGUCAUCGUGCCUGUGGCCGCCAUCUGGGUCAAGCAAAGCCACUAUCCACACUUGUUGACCAAGGAGCUGCAGAUGCAAAAGCAAGGACAAAUCCUGCCGGGAGGAGAGCACACUCUGCGGCAAACACUGGAAGCCCUAAAGCAGAUGGACAAAGGGAAGGAGCAGAAUAAGGAUGGCUUCGAGGAUAGUGCCGAGGAUGUGGAUGACGUUGACGAUGGUCCCGACAUGCCUUCUGACGACCUUCCAGGCACAGAACAGGAAGACAAGGACCUUGACCUUGCGUGCUGCGCUGAUAUCAACUUGCCCGUAGCAGCUGAGCAAGGCCCACCUUCAACAGAGGAUUCAUUGGAGAAGGACUCUUACGAGAAGCUGGUCCACAGCUACCUGCAGGAGUUUCAUGAACCUCUGUCAGAGUGUCAGCUCUCGGACCUGCAGAAGAGAGUGGCCGAUUGGGAGAGCAGAAUCAGGCCUCUGCUCGACACUGAAGAGGAGCGGGAGAGCUUCAACAUCCGCACUUACUGCAACCGAGUGCUGGACCACUUCUCUGACGCACCGUCCAAGCAGACCCUCUACUUCCGCCAAAUCUGCAGGGGCCGGCAGGUUUGGGAAGUGCCCCGGUACUUCGCUUCCACACUGCAACUGGCCAACAACUACAACGUGGAGCUUGGCACAGACGGCGUGAUGGAGGAAGGCAUGGACACUCUGCACCUCACGUUGCUGUCGCGGAAGCAGCACUUCCACGAGCUCGAAGAGUUUGGCGAACACCACGUCAGCUUGACGAACUCUUCUGAGCCAGCAAGGAAAGGAAAGCAGCGCAAGCGGCCAGCGGCCGUCUCGCAUCCAGAGGACCCCAGUGAUGUGUUGCGUGAGAACCCCGUGGUCCCCGACCCUGACUUUUGUGCGGACCCACGGCUUCCCCCAACCGUGCGGACAACUGUGCGCGCGAAGACGCGAAUGCGCGCCGUGGCUGCAAUCGCAGCGCUUGCGGACGAUUCCUCCGAAGGUGAAAACGAAGAGAACAUGGCGGCCGCCUUCGUGUAACCUAAGAGACUCCUCCUCGGUGGCGGCUACUGUGUAUGUGUGUGUGUAUGCGUACGUGCACAUGUGUGCGUCGUUUGCCAUGGCCUUCUUGCCUCACCACUUCCACUGCAGAGAAGGAACAUCACGAAGAAGCAAGGAAGGCGUGGCAGCACUGAAAGUUUCACCGUGCUCCUUUUAAAUCCCCUCGACCAUCAUCAUUUGCUGCAGUGAAAGAAAGGAUGCUGAAAGUUUUAGUACUUUGGUUCCACAUUGGUUUCGCUAGUUUAUUUUAUUUUUUUAAUCGAUGACUGGUUUUUCUUAGGCCUCCCAUCCUAAGUUUUACAAAUUUUAUUUAGUUUACAUUGACAUUGCACAGCUGCAUGAAAUGCGAGCAUUUGACAAAGGCAACAAAGCCUGCACUGUGUCGGGCUCAGGUGGGAAAGCUCUACAUUGCAUACCAGACCCACCAUCAUCCUCCAGCCGUGGGUGCCUCUCCUAGGCUGACCCACAGCAUGAGCUGGUGAACGUAGAUAAUCUAGACAACCAUGGUCAUCUUCCAGGAAGCCUUCCUGCGUUUUUCUGAAGCUAGGUUGAGUCAUGGAGGUGAAAAUGGUAGGGCUUAGCUGUCGCACCAGGCGAGUACACGACGCAUUCUCUCACCUGAGCGUGGCAAAUUCAAUCUCCUUCUUGCUUUGUGGGCUUUGUUAAAUGUACAUUUCAGGUAGUGCUACACGUUUUAGCUUAUUCAACUUUUGGUUUCUAAUGCCAGUUCUUUAAAUUCAGUUCCACAUUGUGUAUGUAGAUGAGUAUUUUAACCUUACCGCAUAACUAGCUUCGAGGUCAGUGUGAUGUUUUAACUGCACCGUAGAUGUAAAAUCUGGUUGCACUUUUAUUUGUCCUGUCUCUUUUACUUUACUUUACUUGGUCUCACUUUACAUUACGAUGCUCUGAACCUCUUGUUGAGGUCAUGAGUGUUAUAAAAGGAAAUUAUAUAAAGUGGUUUUAACUGCCUCCAGAAGGAGCUGGGAAACAGCUGCGCUGAAAACGAGGCAAAGUGAAGUAUCACUGAAAUGUUACUCGAACAUUUUUUGUUUGUGGCAGUGGCUCUCUGCUGCUGUACUUGAGGUCGGGGGUUCGAUUCGCGGCACUUGGGGCUUUGUUUCAGCUGCGGAAUGCGAAAAUCUUGUAAACUGCUUCUGGUGCAAUUUGAAGAAACUCGCCCCAUGUCAAAGUUAAUUUGGAACCCUUCACUACAGCAUAUCUUGUCUCUGCGUGUCCCUUGGCGACACCAAUCUGUAGUAAAAAAAAAUGUUUUUAAAGAGGCUAAUGUACUUAUUUGUAAAUUGCUCUUUCGAUUCACAAGUUUCCUCAAAGGUAGCUGGACUUGGGUUUCAGUACAGCCAAUUUGGCGACACUCACUGUGACCUCACGGUUAUUUAAGACUGAACUCUGGAGUCAGUGAGACUUCCUAUUGGUCGACCUACUCUGUAAAUGGCCGCUACCUGAAAGCAAGAGCACUUAGAGAAGGACCAAUGAUUGGUGCAACUACGCACGGAAAACAAAAUACUGCCGUCUCUCUCACUCAGUCUAAAAGUGCAUGCCUAGAUUUUGGCUUUCCUGUGUAACGGUUAGCAAAAGCAGGGCUGGGAUCAUGGGACAGUCCCUUCCAGUUCCAUUCCGCUCUUACGACCGCCCUAGCCAGCAACAGAGUGCAGAAGCGGACUAGAACAGUUGCUAUAUUCUAACUAUGAUUGGCCCUACAAGAAUUAGAGCUUUUGGUAUUGCUUUGUAAUUUCUGGUGCAGUCAGGCUGACCUUUGUGAACUCUCGGUUGUCACGAGGCUAGAUUGCAGAGCCAGGGACGUACGCUACCUUCCUUCUCCGUUUUCCUUGCCAGUCAUCAAACGCACACACAUCACUUCCUCACCUUCUCAUCAUUGUCAAAAAUGCUUACAGUUGGACUGGGCGUAUAGCCACCAUCACUACAUCUAUUUUUUUUUGCGCUUGGAAGCGCUUUUACGUGGACCUCUUACCUCCUUUUCCUGCUCUUUAUGUUCAUGUAUGCAUCUCUCAAGCUGCUUUCUGUGCUUGAGAAUUUUACGUGUUGCCGUUUUUGCUUGACUGGUGAACCUUUUAGGGUCAACGUACUGCUGGACCUCUUAAGUUAAUGCUGUCGAGCACAGCUGCGACGGACUCAUCUGCAAAUUGACUGUGAAUUGGUGUGUGAUUGAAUGCACAUUAUUUUUUUUAACUGCUUGUACCCAACAGUGUAGAGAGACAGUGAGAAUGCUUGUUCGGCUUUAGCGCAUCCAAGCACCUCAUGUCUCGAACCGUGGCUGUAUAUCUAGAAGUUUGGUUCUCUGCCCAUCAGAAAACUUCUUAAGCAAACUUCCAUGCAUGUAAACUGUAUGCGUGGAGCAGUGCUCGUGGUGGUCCAACUGACCGAUCUGUUCUAAUUACCCUCAUGAAUAUGCGUUUCUCACAAAAAUAGCGUGUAGCAAGGGAAGUUCCGAUUUCUUGAUCCAGCGUUAACUGGGUGCACGAAGAUGUAGAAGAAAUGAACUUUUGCAACUCUGGGGGAUAAAAAAAGAACUGUUAGAACUCUUGUCAUUCGCGUGUUCCGCUUUUCUUUGCAGCAGUGCGCGACAACCGUGUCAGAGACUGGACUUUCUUUCACUUGAAAACUAGAACGCGAUAAGAGUGUACAAUGGCUUUUCCCGCUACUGAAACUUCAAAAUGUCAUGUGAGAGAGAUUUUUUGGUUGUAUACAUGUAACGCACUAGCUGUGAAUGUUGACUGGUUCCGCCAUGCAAACCAUUGCGCCAUUGCGUUAACCGCCCUGAUGAGUUCUAAAAGCAGUCUGCAUUUUGCAGUAGUGAUGGCAAGGCAGAUGCCUAACAUUAGGAUGUGCGUUUACUAGAAAGGAAGACUGCAGUGCCUUACCAAUUCAGAUGCGACAGGAAAACGAAAGAAAAAAAAAAAAAGCAACGGAUCAUCAUUGCAGUCUGGUUCUUUUCUCACUCGCGCUCCUUUGUACAGUCCUUAUCUCACGACACUUUAUUAUACACUUGUUGUCAUCAUAUGUGUUGGUAGGCAACGAUGUGCUUUGCUUAUUAGCACCUGCAUAGUUAUUGUACAGAUUUUGUAGCAUUUUUUAUUAUUUUUCAUCUGCUUCUUUACCGUGCGUCAUCAAGGAGUUCUCAAGUUGUGGCAUUUAAAAAAAAAUGAGCCGCCCGGCUUAGCCUCUUGUGUUAGUUUCCUAGGCCCUUGUUAGCACAAGAGGGCACAUUAACGGGACACUAAAGAGGAAAAAAAUAUUUUUUGCGUAUUAGUAAAUUAGUAUUUUACAAUACCAAAAGCACAGCUCUUGCUUGAACAAGAGGCUACGUAUGCGAGGAAACGCGCGAAAAGAAAAAUGCAAGUGGCGACACUAUUUUGAAGUUCCUGCACAAUCUUGCUGUGGGGUCUUAGAUGUUGACGGAUCUACUAAGGCCUACAUAGUUCUUAAUUGGGAAGAGUGUUAUCUUUUGAGCUAGCCAUAGACUCAACAUACCAAGUUUCAAGAAAUUCUGUCGAGCUAUGUGGCCAAAAUACGAGAAAAAAAAGUUCCCCUGAAAUCCGCGACGUCACGUCAGCGCUCAUGUGCGGAGAUUUAUAUGUAAAGUUUUAUCACUUUGAAUUGAUUGUUUCACUUUAGUGUCCCUUUAAAGUGUUCAUUGGCCAAUGCAAUCGACAUCUGCGUUUUAGCCGAUGUUGAGGCUGAAAAUUAAGGGGCAGGCUUCACCAGAUUAAGUAUUAUGGCUUAGCUUGAGACUGCCUUGGGAGGAGAAGACAAGGAAUGGAGCUCAAGUUAGGUUCAGAAGGCUCAGCGAUUCUUGCAUUGUUGCUAACCUGCAUGUUAAAAUUUAAUCUUUUUGCCAGGGUUGCUUUUGUUCUGUGCAGGCUGCACUGUUGUAUCGCUUGCAGAGGGUGAGAAAUGGUGGGAAUGGCGCCUGUACUUCUGGGACAUUUAAAGUAUAUACUAUACGUCUGUGUACAGCCAACCACAGCUUUAUUUAUGUAGAGCCAUUGUAAAUAGUGUACAUUAUGACCAAAGCAUUCACAAAAGCACCAUAGCAGCAGCUGCCAAAUGAUUUGAGUGGCACGCUACAUUUUUAUUUUUUUGCUGGAACCUCUGUAAUGUAAUAUAUGUCCAUAUUUGGAAGAAAAGCUCACAGUUUUCAGACCAGUGUGAUUCAUUCAGAUUGCCUUUCAUACCCACUUUUUCUUUUUGUCGGCACUGAAAGAUUUUAUUUGUACCCCAUUUCGAUGAACAUCUGGCGCACUAUUUGAGCGAAAAGAAGAUGACAAAAUUUGUGGAAAUGUUUUGAGGACAUUAAAUGCAUAUUGGACUGGU